AUGACGUCUCGAAAGCGUUCGUCCGGCCUGCAGGGUGCCGACGACGCUCAGGCGAAGAAAGCCAAAGUGGGCUCUGACGGACCGACCACGGCUAAAACCGAUUCCAAUGGGGACCGAUACUGGGAGAUAUCCAAGAUGCGCCGCGUGACAAUCUCCACCUUCCACGAGAAGACUAUGAUCAAUGUGCGGGAGUACUAUGAAAAGAACGGAGAACAGCUCCCUGGCAAGAAGGGAAUUUCUAUGCCGAUCGAUCAGUUUGCUGCCCUCGUCGAACUUCUCCCCGAGCUCGAACAAGCCCUUCAACAGCAUGGUGAAGCUUUGCCCCGACCGACAUAUUCUGGUGCGGCAGGCCAAGUCUCCGGUGGUAAUGAUGAACACGACCAAUCUAGCAAGAGUCCCUCAAAGCAGAAUAUUGAGGCCACGAGUGAUGAGGAGAGCGAGGCGUAA